CAGAAAUAUCAGCCAUUGAUGAAUCUGACUCCGUAAUAGAUCAGCAAAAUGAUGUUAACACCAAGUUAAUGAAAGAGGUACCUGAGGUGAUUGCAGAGCAAUCGGUAUCAGAUAAGGUAAUAGAUGAUUUUAUUCUCGAAGAAUCUGUCAAUGUACCUGACUCAGUUAUAGCUAAGCCUCCGUCUAUUCACGAAGUUCAUAGUCAGUUAAAUUUAUCAGAAAUACGAGAUCCAGAACUGUGCAAUCAGAAUAGUUUGACUCUCACCCCACAGAUUGAAGAGAAGAAUUUGGAUUCAGAGCCAUUCAUAGCCAAUAUCUCUGGUAUCAAUUCUCAGGAUUCUGUCAUUCCCUUAAACGAAAAAGAUGGACAAGAUGUUUAUCUUGCUAGUCUAUCAUCUGAAUCAUGUGUUGCUUCGCCCAGCUUUGAAUAUAGUAAGGACAGGGAAGUUCCCUAUAAACAAAAAGUAGAAAAAGGUUUAGUAUGUGAAUUACUUGAAUUCAUUAGAAGCCAUGAAUCCUUACCGAAUUCUACUGCAUCUAGUAAACAAAUUCCAGUCGAUUCUGAUCUAGUUCUGGGUUCUAUACCUCAUUUAGCUCACUUAUUUGAUAAAGCUGAAAAAACUGAUCAGAAAGAAAAUGAUCAGCUCAUUCCACUUCAGAAGAAGUUACCAAAAUGGAAGCGUGAUAAGGUUAUUGAUUUAGUGAUAAAUCGAUUCAAAAGAACUACCUCAUGCCUAGACUUUCAUGCCAGUAUAGAUAGGGAAUGUCUUAACCAAGUAGAUUGCUACCUCAUCCAUGAUAUGCAAAUCUGCCCUAUAUGCAAAAAAGAUCAUUGCUAUCUGAAAGGCCACUGGUUGAUCGAUAGCGAAGGUAGUAAAAAAUAUUAUUUAAUUUGCGAUAAUAUCCAAGAACCCGGAAUCCCACUUAAUGAGGUGUUAACAUUAUAUUCUGAAAAAACAAGUCCGGAUAACUGGAAUCAUCUUCUGAAAGUUCCAAAUAGAGAAGUAACAGUGAAAGCAGAAACCAGGGAAUCAGUUUUUACGCCACUUAAUAAAGUAAUACAUGUGAAGAAAAGAUCUGGUAAUAAGAAGACGAAACCUAGGAGGAAACCUAGGAGGAAUCCAACCUGA